AUGAAGCUGGCAUACCUUGUCCUUGGUGCCAUGACCCUCCUCCUUCUGGGUGGCUAUGACUCCGUCCUCAGCACCUCUGGUAGGAACCUGCACACUUUUGUGGGCUGUGCUGUGAGGGAGUUCACUUUCCUGGCUAAGAAGCCAGGCUGCAGAGGACUUCGGAUCACCACAGAUGCCUGCUGGGGCCGUUGCAAGACCUGGGAGAAACCCAUCCUGGAGCCUCCCUACAUUGAAGCCCAUCACCGAGUCUGUACCUACAACGAGACCAAACAGGUGACGGUCAAGCUGCCUAACUGUGCUCCCGGAGUCGACCCCUUCUACACCUACCCGAUGGCUGUUCGGUGUGACUGCGGGACCUGUUCCACCGCCACCACUGAGUGUGAGACCAUCUGA